CUCGCGGUGUUUCCUCCCUCAGUGGCGGCUCUCUGGGCCCCUCACUCACUCCGGUCUCGUUCCUGACAUUUGAAUGAAAUCGGACCGAGAAAGCACCGCGGUCAGCCACAGGAAAAAGAAUGGCUUCAGCUCUGGAGCAAUUCGUGAACAAUGUGCGACAGCUCUCCGCUCAAGGUCAGAUGACUCAGCUUUGUGAGCUGAUCAACAAGAGCGGUGAGCUGCUGGCGAAGAACCUGUCCCACCUGGACACGGUGCUGGGGGCCCUGGACGUUCAGGAGCACUCCCUGGGGGUGCUGGCUGUGCUGUUCGUAAAGUUCUCCAUGCCCAACAUCCCCGACUUCGAGACGUUAUUCUCCCAAGUCCAGCUCUUCAUCGGCGCCUGCAAUGGAGAGCACAUCCGAUACGCCACGGAUACCUUUGCUGGCCUCUGCCAUCAACUGACAAAUGCCCUGGUGGAACGUAAGCAGCCGUUGAGAGGGAUCAGCAUACUCAGACAGGCAGUAGACAAAAUGCAGAUGAAUGCAAACCAACUUACCUCAGUUCACGCAGACCUGUGUCAGCUCUGCUUGCUAGCGAAGUGCUUCAAGCCGGCGCUGCCAUUCUUGGAGGUGGACAUGAUGGAUAUCUGCAAGGAGAACGGCGCCUACGACACCAAGCACUUCCUGUGUUAUUACUACUACGGCGGCAUGAUCUACACGGGCCUGAAGAACUUCGAGCGAGCGCUCUACUUUUACGAGCAGGCCAUAACCACUCCUGCCAUGGCGGUCAGCCACAUCAUGCUGGAAGCCUACAAGAAGUACAUCCUGGUCUCUCUGAUCGUGCACGGGAAGGUGCAGCAGCUGCCCAAGUACACGUCGCAGAUAGUGGGCAGGUUCAUAAAGCCCCUCAGCAACGCCUACCAUGAGCUGGCCCAGGUGUACGGAACCAACAACCCCACGGAGCUGCGGAGCCUGGUGAACAAGCACAGCGAGACGUUCACACGGGACAGCAACGCUGGCCUGGUCAAGCAGUGUGUUUCCUCUCUCUACAAAAAGAACAUCCAGAGGCUAACCAAGACCUUCUUAACGCUAUCCUUGCAAGACAUGGCGAGUCGAGUGCAGCUGUCGGGCCCCCAGGAAGCGGAGGAGUAUGUGCUGCACAUGAUUGAAGAUGGUGAGAUCUACGCCAGUAUAAACCAGAAAGAUGGUAUGGUCUGUUUCCAUGACAACCCCGAAAAAUACAACAACCCUGCGAUGCUCCAUAAAAUCGACCAAGAGAUGCUGAAGUGUAUACAGCUGGAUGAGAAGCUAAAAGCCAUGGAUCAGGAGAUCACCGUAAACCCGCAGUUUGUGCAGAAGAGUAUGGGAUCGCAAGAGGACGACGUCGGAAGCAAGACAUCGAGCUACUCUUGAGGGUUUUUCGUUGGUUUGAUUUUCGUUUCAUUUUUUUGCUUUGGUUUUUUGGAGGAAACGCAGUCUCAGACCAGAUUCUUGCAAGACGACAGUUUUUAAAAGGAGGGAAAUUCUGUUGAGCCUGGACGUUGUUCAAGAAAACACAAAGUCACACAAUGUCUCGAGGAAAACUAAACAAAGUUUGUCAGUGUUUUAUUUAUCAAUGUUCAGAUGGAGGCCUCAUUGCCAUAAAAUACGAAAAUAAAAAUACUGGACUUAUUUGUUCAAAAAUAA